CUUCUGACCAAUCACCAAUGUCCCAUCUAUAUCUAUCCAAUUACUUUUUCUUCAUCAAAUCUAGACUAAACAUCUCUCAUUCACCUAACAAGAGAAGGAAAAAAUAAAACAUCGAAGUAGAAAGAAGAAAGGAAAAUCAGCCAUGGAACUGGAAUUGGGACUCAAGAUUGCCAAAACGAGUGAUGAUCUCACUUCCACGGCCGAAUUUCAGUUUGUGAAAGAUCGAACGGGUCCUGUUUUCUUGUCUGGUGAAGAUGACAACAUGUUCAUCCUCACUGUUCACCUCAAAGGUUUUAGGAGAGACAACAUAAAUAUCAAGAUAAACGAAGAUGGGACACGAAUUACAGUUCAUGGGGAGAAACGGGUCCAACAAACAGUGAUGAUAGGUUGGAUACUACAAAAGAAAGGGGUGGAGCUCAGGGUGUUCAAAAAGGUUUUCAAAAUUCCUGAUGGGGUGGUUUUGGAUAGAAUCAAGGCUAAGUUCAACGAAAACGAAUCAAUCUUGACAAUCAUCAUGCCAAAAAGGGAAAAAGGAAUUCGUGGGGACGGGAUUGAGGAAGUGAAGGAAGAUGAAGUUGGGACAAAGACAGGAAAAUCAGAAAGGGAGCAAAUUGUAGAUAAUGAGGUUUCUGAAAGAGACAAGGAUGGACUAAAAAAUCUGGAGGAAUCUAAAGAUCCUGAGAUUAAGAGAAUGGAUGAAACCGACCCGGUUGUGGUGAAAGAGACAUCAGAAAUGACUACGAUUGUUGAAGAGAUUCCUAGAAAAGAUACUGUUGGAGAGCGAAUUUAUGAGAAAAGUAAAGAGACCGAGAUUCUUAGUCAACCAGCAGAAGAGGAGGCUGGUAAAAGGGGGCUUGAACUUGAAGCAACAAAAAGGGUAGUCAAGGAGUUUCCUGAGAGAGAAUACAUUGGAGAGAAAGUACUGGAGAAAAGUAAGCAGCCCAAGAUGAAAAAGGUGGAAGAAACUGAUGGGGCUGUGAAAGAAAAGGUUGGGAGAGAGAAACCAGAAACAGUGACAAUUGUAGCUAAAAAAGUGCCUAAAGGAGAGAAAGAAGCCCAAGAGCCCGAGAGUAAAAUUGCAAAAGAAACUCAACCGAUUGUUGAAACAUCAGAAAAAGUGAAGGAGAUUACGCAUGAAAGAGAAUUGGGAGAAGUUGAUCCCAAAAAUCUAGAAACAGUGCUAACCUCUAAACAUCCAGAAGUGGGAAACAUGAAACCUACGAUCGAAACUUGGAGUAAAGAGCUUCCUGCAUGGACAGAGCAGACAAAGAAACAGGAGAAGAUUCAAGAGGUAGAGAAAGUAGAAGCUAAUGGAAUGGAAGAAGAAAAGAGCACAACGGAUGAACCUGGUCUAGCAGAACAUAAAAUUAUCCAAGAACCACACGAUCUGAUGUCACAUACAGAUGUUCAAGAGUCAACAAAAUCCAAAGCUGAUCAAGAAGAACUAGAACAAGCAGAAACUCUGCAACGACGGCAACCUGUUGAGCAACUUGGCAAAGAUGAAGUUACAAAACUAGAGAAAACUAUCAGUUUGGGAAACGAAAUUCGAGAAGCGAGUAACGAAGGAAGCCUUCAAGAGAAAGAAGGUGAAUCGGAACAAGAGAAAGAUCUUGGUGAGGGAGCAACUCCGGAGAAGAAGCCCGUUUCAAGAAGGUGUAAUCUCGGUCUUCCUUGUGUUGUUGCAGGAUCGGCCAUUCUCGUUUCUAUUAUAGCUUUUGUUAUUCACAUACUUAAAGCUAAGAAAAGAAAGUAAUUUGUGCAUUAGCUGCUUUAUUUCUCUGUUACCAACCACU